AUGGAAGGAUGGGAUCCGAACACGAAGUCGACGCUAACGCGAAUUCCGCUUCUGGCGACAAAGGCAGGGCCAAGAGACGGCGAUGCAUGGAAGCAGAGGCUUAAAGAGGAGUACAAGUCUUUGAUUGCGUACACCCAGAUGAACAAGUCCAACGACAACGACUGGUUCCGCAUCUCCGCCUCCAAUCCCGAAGGAACACGUUGGACUGGCAAGUGCUGGUAUGUUCACAACCUCCUUAAAUACGAAUUCGAUCUGCAAUUCGAUAUCCCUAUCACCUACCCGGCCACUGCUCCCGAGCUUGAGCUGCCGGAGAUUGACGGCAAGACCCAGAAGAUGUAUCGAGGUGGGAAGAUUUGCCUGACUGUGCAUUUCAAGCCACUCUGGGCUAAAAACUGUCCUCGGUUUGGAAUAGCACAUGCACUUUGUUUGGGGCUCGCUCCAUGGCUAGCUGCAGAGAUCCCAAUCCUUGUGGACUCAGGCAUGAUUAAGCACAAAGAUGACGCUGCCUCAUCUGCGGAAUCUUAG